GCGCUGCCGGGGCCUCCGCCGCUCGCCCCGCCCUCCCCCGCCCGCCUUCCCCCGCCCCGGCGCUGCCCGAAUCAGUGGGAGGAAGAUGGCGGCGCUCAUCCCCCUCAGCCAGCAGUUUUCCACUGGGAAUCCGUUGUACGAAACUUAUUACAAACAGGUAGAUCCAACAUACACAGGGAGAGUUGGGGCGAGCGAAGCUGCGCUGUUUCUUAAAAAAUCUGGUCUCUCUGAUAUUAUCCUUGGAAAAAUAUGGGAUUUGGCUGAUCCAGAGGGCAAAGGCUACUUGGAUAAACAGGGUUUCUAUGUCGCGUUGCGCCUUGUGGCAUGUGCACAGAACGGGCACGAUGUCAACCUGAGCAGCCUGAACUUGACUGUGCCACCUCCUAAAUUUCAUGACACUAGCAGUCCUUUGCUGAUGACCCCACCUUCCACAGAGACGCACUGGGCUGUUAGGGUGGAAGAAAAAGCAAAGUUUGAUGGUAUUUUUGAAAGCCUUUUGCCAGUAAAUGGUUUACUUUCAGGAGACAAAGUAAAACCAGUACUGAUGAAUUCAAAGCUACCUCUCGAUAUCCUAGGAAGGGUGUGGGAUCUCAGUGACAUUGAUAAGGAUGGGCACCUGGACAAGGAUGAAUUUGCUGUGGCAAUGCACUUGGUUUAUAGAGCCCUUGAGAAAGAGCCAGUUCCUUCCCUGUUACCCCCUUCUCUCAUACCACCUUCCAAAAGAAAGAAGACGCCGGUUUUCCCUGGCGCGGUUCCUGUUCUCCCCGCGAGUCCUCCGCCGAAAGACAGUCUGCGUUCCACCCCGUCGCACGGGAGCGUCAACAGCCUCAACAGCACGGGGAGCUUGUCUCCCAAGCACAGCAUCAAACAAGCACAGCCCGCUGUGAACUGGGUAGUACCAGUGUCCGAAAAAGUGCGAUACGAUGAAAUUUUCUUAAAAACAGACACAGACAUGGAUGGUUUUGUGAGUGGCCAAGAAGUAAAGGACAUUUUUAUGCAUUCAGGUCUGUCUCAGAAUCUCCUGGCACAUAUAUGGGCUUUGGCAGACACGAGGCAGGUGGGGAAGCUGAGCAAAGAUCAGUUUGCGCUGGCGAUGUAUCUCAUCCAGCAGAAGGUCAGUAAAGGGGUUGACCCUCCACAAGUGCUGUCCCCAGAGAUGAUCCCUCCCUCGGAGAGGAGCACUCCCAUACAGACUCUGUCAGGUUACUUGACCCCUGUAGGAACCGAGAUCUCAGCCCUGACAGAAAUGCGUCGUGAUAGUUCGAGUUCCGUUGGAUCAGGAGAAUUUACAGGGGUGAAGGAACUGGAUGAUAUUAGUCAAGAAAUUGCACAGCUGCAGAGAGAAAAAUACUCGCUAGAGCAGGACAUUAGGGAAAAGGAAGAAUCAAUCAGACAGAAAACCAAUGAAGUUCAGGAACUGCAAAACGAUUUAGACAGGGAGACAAGUAACCUGCAAGAGUUAGAGGCUCAGAAACAAGAUGCCCAGGACCGCCUGGAUGAGAUGGACCAGCAGAAGGCCAAGCUGAAGGACAUGCUGAGCGACGUCCGGCAGAAGUGCCAGGAAGAAACGCAGGUGGUGAGUAUUUCAUCACUAAAAAUGCAGAUUCAGUCUCAGGAGUCAGAUCUGAAAUCGCAGGAGGAUGACCUGAACAGAGCCAAAGCAGAGCUGAACCGCCUCCAGCAGGAGGAGACGCAGCUGGAGCAGAGUAUCCAGGCUGGAAAAGUGCAGCUCGAAACAAUCAUCAAAUCUUUAAAAUCAACACAGGAAGAAAUAAACCAGGCAAGAAGUAAACUCUCUCAACUUCAGGAGAGUCACCAAGAAGUCAAUAAGAGUAUAGAAGAAUAUAACGAAGCUCUCAACGGGAUUCACGGUGGUAGCUUGACGAAUUUAGCGGACAUAAGCGAAGGCCUUGGGCAGACGGAAAGAAACAGCUAUGGAGCUAUGGAUGAUCCAUUUAAGAAUAAAGCUUUGAUGUUUACCAAUAACAGCCAGGAGCUGCACACAGACCCCUUCCAGUCAGAAGAUCCUUUCAAAUCGGAUCCGUUUAAGGGAGCCGACCCGUUCAAAGGCAGUGACCCCUUCCAGCAUGACCCUUUUGCAGAACAGCCACCUGCUCCAGCAGAUCCAUUUGGAGGAGAUCCGUUUAAGGAAAGUGACCCAUUUCGUAGUUCUGCCCCUGAGGAUUUCUUCAAGAAACAGGUGAAGAGUGACCCGUUCACCUCAGAUCCGUUCACAAAGCCCCCUGCUUUACCCUCCAAGCCCGACCCUUUUGAAAGCAGCGAUCCCUUUACAUCUUCCAGCGCCUCUUCUAAAGGUCCAGAUCCGUUUGGAACUCUGGACCCGUUUGGAAGCGGCGCUUUCAGCAGCGGUGAAGGAUUCGCAGACUUCAGUCAGAUGUCAAAGUCAGUUGCUCCAGACCCCUUCGCCUCCUCCUUUGGAGGGAUGGGCUUCUCUGAUGACCCUUUCAAAAGCAAAUCCGACACACCAGCGUUACCGCCGAAGAAAAAUGUCCCUCCACGCCCCAAGCCACCCAGCGGUAAAAGCACUCCCGUCAGCCACCUGGGCCCUGCAGAUUUCCCCAAGCCCCACGACCCGUUCCAGCCGUUCGGGGCUGACGGCAGCGACCCGUUCCAGAGUAAAAAGGGCUUUGGGGACCCGUUUAGUGGAAAAGAUCCGUUUGCUCCCUCCUCUUCGAGUAAAACUGCUAAAGACUCUUCCGUGGGGUUUGCAGACUUCAGCUCUUUUGGCAAUGAGGAGCAGCAGCUGGCGUGGGCCAAGCGCGAGAGCGAGCGAGCGGAGCAGGAGCGGCUGGCGCGGCUGCGGAGGCAGGAGCAGGAGGACCUGGAGCUGGCCAUCGCGCUCAGUAAGGCCGACAUGCCCAGCUCCUAAAGAGCUGCCGCGGCUCCGCCCGCCCGGGAACCCUGGGCACGGCUCCUACAAAAUACUGAAAUCAAGGGUUAUGUCGUGAAAAUCGUUUGAGUCACCGUCAACUCUAAGCAAGACUGGUUACGUCCAACCGGGCUCCGUGUGGCUUCUCAGCGCGCAGGAAACACUGUCUAAGCUGUACUGUCACGUCCUAGAGAAAAAUUACUGCUUGUAACAAAUUGAACAUAUGGCGCGAAGAUACUGAAGGCAAAGUUUCUUCAUCUGGAAGACAGCGUUGCACGUGGUCGACUGCGACUUGGGAAGCUGGCAUUUUAUUACCUGAGUUCCAGUGGGUUUUUGAGGCUGCAGUAUGAAUUUCAAAGAAAAUUUCGUAAAAGGAAAAUAUUUCUAGAAUUAGCUUUCACUUGUUACGUUUAUUCAAUAAUUCAUGGUAGGCUAAUCAGUAUGGCAGCUGCAUCAUCUGUGUCAAAGUCUCCAGCAUAAAUUCAGUAUUAGAUGGUCCCUUUUAUGCAGGAGAUGUGGCUUUUACAAGAGAAUCUGGCGAUUUAUGUGUCAUGAAUACAACCAUAGUCAUGUGUAUAAAACAUUACAGAUUUGAAACCUCUAUGAAUGACCAGUUGAACUGCAUGCGGCGGCGUAAAAGAGGGAGUUAAUUCAGUUGUAGUGAAUGGGUAAAUAAUUUGGCAAUGAAAUCAGUAGGUAAAAUCGUGCUUGAUCUUCUAAGCAAAUACAACUGCAGGACUGCGGUACGAGCUCGAGUGCUGCUUUUGUGUCAGAUCAAGCGAUGGAAACCGUAACAAGAUUGAGCCACACUCACCCCUACAACUCAUUGUCCCUCUUUGGCUCCAGCUCCAGACACCGAGCGUGUUACUGGCGUUACCUGCCCAGCGUGUCUGCGUUACCGCUGUUUCUUGAAUUCCACCCAUCUUCUAGCACAGGGUUACCAAUCAGAUAUAAUGAGCUGAAAUAAGGCCAAGCUGCAACAGAUCUUAUUUGCCAAAUGCACGUUCAUGCGUUAGGUUCUCGUAGUACUGGUAGACUGGAGUGACUUUAAAAUACAACCUGCAGGAACAGUCAGGAACAGAUUUUAUAUCCACCUGUAGAACUCCGUACUUCCACCUGCUAAGGGUAACGCAGAAUGUGUUUUACAUGUCAUACAUAAGUCCUUAUGAUAAGUCUGUGAAUUAUUUACUUACUAAAAAUGCCUUUUUCUGAUUACAGGAAUUCUAAAACUUCAGUUGUCUUUGCCUUGAACUUUAAUGUCUAAAUAGAAAAGGCAUCUAGCACAAAGUUUUUAAAACGUCCUUAAUGUAAAUCUGCUUUCCUGACCUUGGUUCUGUAGGGAUACAGAGCUUAACAGUCUGGUUUCACUGGUGCACCCUUUAACAUUUGCUCGAUUUGUUUUGAAAAUGUGGCAUUCCUUCAUCAUCUCUAGUGCAUUUCUACUCUGCAUGUCCUGGCUUCCCUGCUUUUGUUUUUCAUAGUACAAAGUUAGUGCCUGUUCAUGGAAUGACAACAACCUGUCCCCGUUCUGGGGUAAUCGCAGCAUCCCAGAGUGUCAGGGGUUGAAGGGUCCUGGAAAGCUCAUCCAGUGCAAUCCCCCAUGGAGCAGGAACACCCAGAUGAGGUGACACAGGAAGGUGUCCAGGCGGGUUGGAAUGUCUGCACAGAAGGAGACUCCACAACCCCCUGGGCAGCCUGGGCCAGGCUCUGCCACCCUCACCAGGAAGAAGUUUCUUCUCAGAUUUAAGUGGAACCUCUUGUGUUCCAGUUUGCACCCAUUACAGAACCUGAUUGGAAAUCCUUUCUUCUUUUUCUCUUAAAUACGUUAGAUUAAAUGAUCAAACACUAAAACAUCAACAAAUUCUCGUUUCUGUUGGUGCACAGGACGUGAAGGCUCCGGGGUCAAGCUGGAGUCUGCCUGCAGGCAUCGCGAGGCGAAACUUUGCUAUGAAAGCGCAAUGUCCAAAACUUGCUGCAGGCUUCUCAGCGAAGUUAAACCAGUGGUACCAUGUGUGAGAUUCUCCUUCUCCUUUGGGCUGAGUCUCCGUGGUGUCUCUUCUGCUCCGCAAACACCCCGUUCGUGUGCGGUGCCACUUUAGGGAGGAAACGCCUUUUUGGGCUGCUGCUCAGGUGCCGUCUCCGGUGGGUGGAUGAGCUGAACGGCUUCAUUUGCUGAGUUACGCACCAGGACAGAACUUCCUGCUGCUCUGUGGGUGCUCUGGAACACGGUGCUCUGUCACGCUUCUAGGGCAGUGAGUCGGUGGUUUUAACAUGUUCAGCAGAAAUGUGAAUUAAUCCAGCAUUCCAUAUAGUGUAAGAACUAAUUGCUCAUUUUCCUGUCUCCUUAUUGAGUCGUUCUUCAGAUUUGCUUGGACAGUAACAAAAGGUGGAGCAGAUGGAGGCGGACAGAACGUGUCCUCUCUGCACAGUGCGUUAGAUUUGGUAACCUUAGUUUUACUGGAACAGCCUGGAUUCACAGUUUUAGACGCUGCAGAAGAAAAAGUCGCUGGGAUUUCUCCCCGUCGUGUUUCAGACCGUUUUCCAUGUCAAAAGGAAGUGACGGAUGUCCUUCCCUUUGCCUGUAACUCAGUGGUUUGUAUGAUACCUGCACUUGUUCUUCUAACACAAAACUUUGUCGCGAGACGCUGAUCGGCUUCUUCCUCCAGAAUGAUGACAUUUAAAGCACAGAGAAAAUAUGUACAGUGCGCGAUAUGUAAAAUGUGAGUAUACACAAUGCAUAUACAGUGUACAUUGAGAUCCAUGUUAUCUGUGUCUAUGUGUAUGUAUAUAUAUAUAGUGUAUUGUAUAAUGUAAUAAUUGUGUAUAUACUACAUACGUCCACAUACUAUGUCUAGUAUAUAAUUACUUGUGCUGUACAUAAAAUGUGUAUAUACAGUGAAUAUGUAGAAUAUGCACAUAUAUUCUGUAUGUUAAAGCUCAUGUGUAUGUAUGUGCUCUCUAAGCGGAGGUGGACGGAGGAAUGUGCAGGUCGGGUCUUGGCUCGUGGGAUUUCAGAGUCCCGGUGAAGGGUGGAGAGCAGGGCGGUGACAGUGGCUUCCAGCGGGUCGGUGUGGGACCGGCGCCGCCGGGCAGAGCUGCGCCGUGAGCGAGCGCCCGCGUGGCCUCGCCUUCUGUCGUGGCUUAAAGUGGCUUUGGAGCGGAGGCUCCAUUUCUGAUCUCCUUGCGCGUGCCACUCGUGUCAUCGUCACCUUCUUUCCUCUAGGCUGAGGCGGUGAUUUUUCUCCUGCAUUUGCUUGUAGGUUAGCGUCUCUUUAAAACUGAUUUUCAAGAAGCGGUUCCCAUUCGCACACACCCCGAACAGCCACACGCUAAGGCGGAAAACAUGGUUUUCUUGCUUCAUUCCAGUUCUAUAGGUUGUGCAGAAUCAUCUGGAUUGCAGCUCUGGUUUUCCUCCCUUUCCACCUCAGCUUGGCUUUGGCAGGAAUGAGCGUCCAUUGCAUUCUUGGCUCCGGGGAAGGAGCGGAGGUGAUUCUGCUCUGACUGGGAUCAGUUAUGAGGCUCUGGCGCCUUGAGCAAUCGCCGGGGAGGUUUUUGCAGCAGCACACGUGUGUGUUGUGCCGCGUGUUGUCAGCGCCGGGUGACUCACGGGCAGCCCCGAAUUGCACACAGCACUUAAACCAGGAGGGACGGGCAAUUACUCACAUGGAACCUACGCAGGCAAGCUCUGUGUGUAGGACACAGGUAUUGAAUUACCCGCAUUAUCCUUUAUAGACCCGUACGUCCCGGUUUGCCUCCAGUGCUUUCCCCGAGUUAUACUGUAAACCGCCCCCGUCGUUCUGCAAUAAAGCAGAUCUCAUAAAGCGCUGCGGCCGCGCUAACGCCGUACGGAUGGGUUAUAGUGCACAUUGUCCUUGGGGCGUCCCUGCCCCACCGCGUCUCAUUCCGCUCCCCGUGCGGCAGAUUCCAAACUGCGUUGGCCUGUGCAGCGUUCUCUUCUCUUUAAAUUCGAGCCUGUGAAACCUGUCGUCAGAAAUUGUGUAGAACUUGCUCUGCCAUCCUACGCUCAGAGAUCAUGCACUUUUUUCGGGAUUCUCCUUCUAAUCCUUUUGGGGUUGCGAUUUCUUCCUCGGUGUUUCUCCGUUGGGAAGGGGCUCUGUCCCAGCAGAACUGUCGCGUCCCCCGGGUCCCGUUCCUCCUCUCUUGGGUGUUUCAUUCCUCCCUCUCAGGAAUUUCGUUUCUGUUUGAUGCUCAUUUAGAGUCGCGACCCUGUUCAGGCAAAUUGAUCUUGUGCUCAUAACGAUCCAGUUCAAACAUCUGGCAGCGCUGGAACAGCGUGAUCUCUGGUGCGUGCCAACUGCUGCAUCUCCCCAUAGGCUUAGAGUCAAUACCUUAAUUUUAUUAAUUGGCACACCCGUUUUAUCAGUUGGUAUAGUGCUCUUUUUACUUGAAAGUUUUAUAAAUAAAGGCUAAUUUGUUAUGAAAUGAAAAUUUCAUUUUUCCUUCCCGUUUAAGUUUAUCUGUGCCAGGAGCCGUGCGACGUGCUUCGUCGCUGGCAGCCGCGCGCCCUCCUGCCCUCGUGCUGCAGCCCGGCCGGGACGGCGCAGCGUGGAAACGGACGUUGACCCAAAUCUGACCAGUGUCUCCAAACAUGUACAUUACUGUAGCUAUAUUUAUCUUUCAAACAUCAUAACACAUUGAAAGGUAUUUUAAUUUUAACCCAUCUCAUGUGUUUAUUGUUUAAUAUUAUAAGAGAAAUGUUAUUGUUUAAUAUAAUAAAUGAGAAGUUACUUUUUGGA